AUGAAAUUAUUUGAGGGUCAAGAAUAACCAAAGCUCAAAUUGAAAAUAAAUAAGAAGUAUGCAGAGAAGUAUUAAAAGAAAAAGGAAAGGGAAUUAUUGGAUAAGAAAGGAGAAAUUCUAGAUUAAGAAGAAAGUAGCGAAGAUUAGAUUCCAGAAGACGAAAAUGGAGAUUUGAUUAAUGACAAAGUAACUUAAAAGUUCAUAGAAACUCUUGCAAAAAUAAGGUAUAAACAUCCAGAUAUUUAUAAAAAUAAAGAGAUAUUUUAAGAGGAAGAUUUUGAUGAACCUGAAAUCAGAGAUUAAAAGCAAAAGAAGGUCACUUAUGCGGAACUCUAAGGGUAGGGAGUCAAAGAUGAAUAAGAGGAAUUAGAAGAAGAAGAAUACGAACCAAAUAUAGGCAUGACUCCUAAUGAAGAAUAAAUCUAAUUGAAAAAGGCUUUUAUAGAAGCAGCUAAGAAUACACCUAAAUAACAGAAGGACUUACUAAAAGUAAAAUAAAAGACAGUACAAGAAAUAGAGGAUGAAAAUAAGGAAUUUGAAAAGCUAUUAAAAAAAUAGAAGCCUGAAGAGUAAGAUAUAUUAUAAAGGUUUUGGGGAAAUGAAGAGGAGUUGGAUGAGAAGGAUAAAUUCCUAAGGAAAUAUAUAUUAACAAAAGGGUGGAUUGAUAAAGAUGACAUGAAUGAGAUUAUUGAUUCAUCUGAAGACGAAGAGAAAAUGGAUGAGUUUGAAGAAAAAUACAAUUUUAGAUUUGAAGAAGAGGGAGGAAAUCAAUUGAUCACUUAUGAAAGAGAUUUAAAGGAUACAUUGAGAUAGGAACCAGAAACGGCAAGACAUAGAUAGAGAUUAGCAAAGGCUCAAAGAGAGAAGGAAUAAAAGUAGUAAUUGGAAAAAGAGUUAAAGUAAUUGAAAGCAGCAAAAAAGAACGAAAUUAUAUCUAAGCUUUAGAAAAUACAAUAGGUAGGUGGGAUUAAAGAUGCGAAAUUGUUAUUAGAAGAAAUUGAUAAGAAAGAUUUUUAACCAGAAGAAUUUGAUAAAAAGAUGGAAAAGAUAUUUGAUGAAGAGUAUUUUGAGGAUGAAGAGGAGUCUCCUGAAGAAUUGGAAUAAAAUGAUGAUGCAUAAGAAGAAGAAGUAGAAAAAAAUGAAUAAGGUUUAGAUGUUGAUAAUGUAAUAAAGAUUAAACCUACAAUUCCAAUUAUUAUGAAGAAAAAUUUAAAUUAAGAGUAAACUAUGGAUUUAUAUUUUUAGAGAAAUGGAAGUACUCAAAGAAGAAGAUAUUACUAUCUGGUGGUUUUGUGAUGUGUGCAAAUAAACCAUUGAACCCAAUCAUUUUAGAUGGGAUUGCCAAGUUUGUGAAGAUUAUACACUUUGUGAGAAUUGUAAUCAAUUACACUCUUAACAUAAAUUGAAAAAGGCUUUGGUUCCUAAAACCUGCAAACCUCCUAAGACAGAGGAAGCUGAAUAAUUAAUUAACCAAUUUAAGUAUUGUAGAGCAUGCUAAAUUAAAAUGACUAAAGAAAAUGAUUAUUAUGAAAGUAAGAAGGAUUAUUUGUGUGUGGAUUGUUUUGAAAAAGAUAAAAAUUAAUAGAGAUAUAAAUUUGUAGAAGCAGAGGUUUUGGAUGUUAAUAAAUUACUUGAAGAAAACCCUGAAUAAUUAAAAGAAAAAUUACCAUCUAAUCUUAAGAAUAUCAUUGAUGAAUACUAUAAUUUAGAUUUCGAGGAUGUCAUAGCAGGAGGAAUCAAAACUAAAUUUUAAUAUAUAGAUGUUGAAAAAUAAGAUUUUGGAUUGACAAAUGAUGAUUUGCUUUAUGCAGAUGAUAAAUUAUUGAAUUAGUACGUUUCAAUAAAGAAAUUGGCUCCAUAUCGAGACGGUUCCAUUAAAAUUAAGAAGAAUAAAGCUGAAAAACUAUUGGCUUAAAUUAGAAAGAGUACCAAAAGAAAUAAGAAAUUAAUCCUUAAAGGAAUAGACCCAAGAGAGUUUUAAAAACAGAAAUAACAAGAAGAAAAAUAAGAAUAAAAAUAAAAAGUUUAAUUAGAAGUGGAAGAUGUAGUAGAAAAUACAACCCUGUAAGUUAAUUCUAAGAGACUUAAAACUUAUGGAGUGUGAUUUUAUAUUUUGUGUUGUUAAUAGUAUUUAGAGUUGUAUUAUUAUUAUUCACAUUAUNUGGAUUGAUAAAGAUGACAUGAAUGAGAUUAUUGAUUCAUCUGAAGACGAAGAGAAAAUGGAUGAGUUUGAAGAAAAAUACAAUUUUAGAUUUGAAGAAGAGGGAGGAAAUCAAUUGAUCACUUAUGAAAGAGAUUUAAAGGAUACAUUGAGAUAGGAACCAGAAACGGCAAGACAUAGAUAGAGAUUAGCAAAGGCUCAAAGAGAGAAGGAAUAAAAGUAGUAAUUGGAAAAAGAGUUAAAGUAAUUGAAAGCAGCAAAAAAGAACGAAAUUAUAUCUAAGCUUUAGAAAAUACAAUAGGUAGGUGGGAUUAAAGAUGCGAAAUUGUUAUUAGAAGAAAUUGAUAAGAAAGAUUUUUAACCAGAAGAAUUUGAUAAAAAGAUGGAAAAGAUAUUUGAUGAAGAGUAUUUUGAGGAUGAAGAGGAGUCUCCUGAAGAAUUGGAAUAAAAUGAUGAUGCAUAAGAAGAAGAAGUAGAAAAAAAUGAAUAAGGUUUAGAUGUUGAUAAUGUAAUAAAGAUUAAACCUACAAUUCCAAUUAUUAUGAAGAAAAAUUUAAAUUAAGAGUAAACUAUGGAUUUAUAUUUUUAGAGAAAUGGAAGUACUCAAAGAAGAAGAUAUUACUAUCUGGUGGUUUUGUGAUGUGUGCAAAUAAACCAUUGAACCCAAUCAUUUUAGAUGGGAUUGCCAAGUUUGUGAAGAUUAUACACUUUGUGAGAAUUGUAAUCAAUUACACUCUUAACAUAAAUUGAAAAAGGCUUUGGUUCCUAAAACCUGCAAACCUCCUAAGACAGAGGAAGCUGAAUAAUUAAUUAACCAAUUUAAGUAUUGUAGAGCAUGCUAAAUUAAAAUGACUAAAGAAAAUGAUUAUUAUGAAAGUAAGAAGGAUUAUUUGUGUGUGGAUUGUUUUGAAAAAGAUAAAAAUUAAUAGAGAUAUAAAUUUGUAGAAGCAGAGGUUUUGGAUGUUAAUAAAUUACUUGAAGAAAACCCUGAAUAAUUAAAAGAAAAAUUACCAUCUAAUCUUAAGAAUAUCAUUGAUGAAUACUAUAAUUUAGAUUUCGAGGAUGUCAUAGCAGGAGGAAUCAAAACUAAAUUUUAAUAUAUAGAUGUUGAAAAAUAAGAUUUUGGAUUGACAAAUGAUGAUUUGCUUUAUGCAGAUGAUAAAUUAUUGAAUUAGUACGUUUCAAUAAAGAAAUUGGCUCCAUAUCGAGACGGUUCCAUUAAAAUUAAGAAGAAUAAAGCUGAAAAACUAUUGGCUUAAAUUAGAAAGAGUACCAAAAGAAAUAAGAAAUUAAUCCUUAAAGGAAUAGACCCAAGAGAGUUUUAAAAACAGAAAUAACAAGAAGAAAAAUAAGAAUAAAAAUAAAAAGUUUAAUUAGAAGUGGAAGAUGUAGUAGAAAAUACAACCCUGUAAGUUAAUUCUAAGAGACUUAAAACUUAUGGAGUGUGA